AUGGCCUCGAUUCCAAUCCCAAGACGUUUCAGGACAAUCAUCUACAUCCCCUCUCGCUCAGACGGAACAAUGCUCGAGGUCUGUCUAUCAAUUCCCACGAGCUCCUCCUCCAAACCUCAGGCCUACACCGGCGUCGUGAUUGCUCACCCUUACGGACCUCUGGGCGGCUCCUACAACAAUAACGUGGUCGGCGCUCUCCUCCAGUGGUUCGAGACCUCGUCCCUCGCCGCCCCAACCACUUUAUCGACUAAGAAAUCGAAAAAGGGAGCAGCGGGGAAGAGGAAUAGUACUGGGGCAAGGAAAGGUGGUCUUGAUCAGGAUACUGGUAAUGCCGGUGCUGCUGCUUCGCCUACAUCUGCCAAGUCGGCUGGAGGUGGCGCUCAGGCCGAGUCCUUGGCCUGUGUCAUCUGUGCUUUCAAUUUUCGAGGAUGUGGCAAGUCCAAGGGCAGGACGUCCUGGUUCGGAGAGGCAGAACGCGAGGAUUAUCAGACCGUCGUCGAUUUCCUUCAGAGCGGGUCGCGCACAGGCACUAGUACCAGCCACCUCAGCAAUAACCCUGAGCAACGCGACUCGGGCACAGGGUCUCCUGCGUCUAAUCGAGCUGUCUUUGACGAAACUGGACGCGAAAUCGAUUCACCACGGCUCCCCUUCCUCUCUCGGUUCAUCCUCAGUGGCUUCUCGUAUGGAGGUAUGAUUGCGUCGAGUAUUCCUCCACCAUUGAGGAACCCUGCAGAUCCGGCGAGCGCCCAUCUGCCAACGACGUAUAUCCUGAUCAGCUAUCCUGCAGGAGUUGCCUGGUUUCUGACAUCUGGGGCUCAAGGUGGCUUCUACAAGCGCGCCAGGACUAUUCUCCUAGGAGAACAACCUCCCGGAGACGCGACUGCCGCAACGAAAAAUGACGCAGAGACAACAACAGCUACCGAGACAGAUACAGAUGCAGGAGAAGCUGCACAGUCCAAGACGUCCACGAUCGAGGCUUACUUUAUCACAGGCGCGAAUGACCAAUUCACGAGUCCGAAGACACUGCUUAAUUGGCUAAAGACAAACGCAGGUCUGAACCCUCCCAACAACUUGACUAGUGGGUCUUGGGCGUUGACGCGACCGGAUGGGGCGAUUCAUGUCGAUGUUGUGAAGGGCGUGGAUCAUUUCUGGCUGGACCGUGAACAGGAGCUGGUGGAUCGUUUGCAGGCUUGGUGGAGCGAUACCCAUUCCGUCUAG